AUGAAUUUUCAUGGACACGGCCAGGCCACAAGCAUACCGGCUGACAGCUCAAUACCCAGCCUUGAGAAUACACCCACAGUAUCACGAGCUCCUUCAGUUUCAUCAACAACCCGCGACACGACUGAGCCUAAAGCUGUGAGGCGCCGAGCUCAAAACCGAGAAGCUCAGCGCAGAUUCCGGGAGCGCAAAGAACACCAGAGCAAGCUCCUGCAGAAAGACGCCGAAGAGCUCCAUAAGGACCACCAGACACUGUUGAAGCAAUACUCUGACACGGUUAGCGACCUCACGCAGCUCGUCAAGGAAAACGAAACGCUUCGGGUUGAAGUUAGGAAAUUGCGCCAGCAGUGGCGCUUGUUGCUGGCUGUUCUUCGACUGUUCCAAGGGUCGCAAUUACCCGGCGAUUGGGCUGAGAGUGCGAUCCCUUUCGACGACCUCCGAGUCUACGUUGAAGACUUAGUUGAUGGGAUUAAUCCAAGUACGAUGAGAUGUCUUAGCUGA